AUAGACAUCUUGAAUGUAGCUGAUUGGCAUAUUUGGCAUAAAGCAGCUUAAUAAGGUUUGUAAAGUAUAAAUGAUACCAAUUGAAAUCCUAUUUUAGAAGUCAGGCAACUCGUAUUCCUUGAAGAGAACACUGAGGUAAAACCAAUAUCCUGUACUUUUACAGCUGCAGAGAAUUAAAUGAAGUUAAACUUUUAAGUAACAGUUAAUUGUUGCACAGCCAACUUUAGUAUGGCUUUAUUCUGAUGGGGAAAUAACUGAACCAUGAGCAUUUGUUAAAUACCCAUUGCUUGCUUCUGCCAUCAUCACAUUUAAAUAUUUAUUUACAAGCCGGACUGAUAAUACGCACAUAAAUUUGUUUAUUUUAAAUUCGUGAUAUUACAGACUGUUAGUUAGUAGGUUAGCACAUCAUUGCUCAUUAAUAAGCCUGAAAACAUUUUGUGCAACAUAAAAAUUCACGCAACAGUUCAUCUGCUAAAAAAAUUCUUUCAGACAUAGGAGGCAAAAUAAAAAAGUGGGCGAAACCCUUUAUACCAUAAAACACUUCAUUGAUGGCAUUCAAUUUAACUUGCAUGUGGCUCUUCCAGGGCACUCCUUUCCAGGCACACAAGGAUAUUGUGACGGUCAUCAGCCUGUCCACACAGACCUAAGAGAGAACGUGGAUAGAGCCCAGAAUUGUUUUACACUAUGACUGUUUACAACCUGUACAUCUUUGAUAGAAAUGGGACCUGCUUGCAUUAUAGUGAGUGGAACCGCAAGAAACAAGCUGGGAUAUCCAAAGAUGAGGAAUUCAAGUUGAUGUAUGGAAUGCUCUUCUCUAUUCGAUCAUUUGUCAGUAAGAUGUCUCCUCUUGAUAUGAAGGAUGGGUUCUUGGCUUUUCAAACCAGCAAAUAUAAGCUGCACUAUUAUGAGACACCAACGGGACUGAAGAUUGUUAUGAAUACUGAUUUGGGUGUCCCCAACUGCAGAGAAAUUUUGCAUCAGAUUUAUAGCACGCUUUUUGUGGAAUAUGUUGUGAAAAACCCUUUGUGUAGUAUGAACGAACCCAUCCAGAGUGAGCUCUUCUGCACCAAGUUAGAUGGCUUCAUCCGAAGUCUUCCCUUCUUCUCAGCCAGGGCAGGAUAAUAUCCAUCAAAUCUAGGACAGUUGAAAUCCUUGGAGUUCAUCUGAAUUGCUGCUUGAUAGUUCUGGCUUGAACAAUGACCUGGGCAUCUUCGCAAUGGAAAAUAUCCUAAAUGUCUGUUUCUAAGUCAUUGUUCAUAGUCCAGGAGGUUUUUGGCUUCAAAAGAAUAAAAAUGAUUUUGAGAUGAUAUUUGUCAAGGUAGAGACAAAUUUAGUCUUUUAUACUUGUUUUUUUUUUAUAUCUCACAGUAGGUCAACGGUUUUUAACAAAAUAACAACAUACAUCCAUGGCUCAAGUUUUGUUUAAAGCAAUACAUCAUAAAUGGUGUCCAGUAAGUUUCCUUUUAGUAGGUAGAAAAGUCCUGAUGUAUCACUUU